CUCAGUCAACCGUGUAGCCUCCUUACUGAGGGGGAGGAGAAUAGCUCACUUUCCCUGGAGGGCCUGAGAAAGAUCGGUUUACAGGCGUCAGCAUGGGGUGUGACCCUUCUUCUCUCCAUCUUGGCGCUGGCACGUGCCUCGGGUGACCAUCACCUCACAUUAGCCCACAGUCUGGCCCGAAAAUGUUACCACAGUGCCUUUUCUCCCCCACCCAAAACACACUCAGCCCUUUCACUGACCUGGCUUCUGAUUGGAGGCUGGUUGCUUUGGAUAAUGACCUCCAGGACCCCUCUGUGGGUUACAGCCUGUUCGUGUUACUCUUACCACAACUUAAGACAUCUGCGGUGGGGUGUGAGGAAAAGUAAAAGACCGGUAUUUUCACAUCCCCAGGUACCAGAAGCUCAGAAGACUGACAACUCCAGCCACCUGAGUGGGCCCAGGGCUCGCAGCUGCCCAUGUGUCCCUCCAGACAGGCUGCUUGCUAAAAUGAGGGAUCUUCUUCAGUACACCGCCUGCUUCUUUGCCUUUUUCUCUACUGGGUUCUUGGUUGUGGCCACCUGGACAGACUGUUGGAUGGUGAAUGCUGACGAUUCCCUGGAGGUGAGCACCAAAUGCCGAGGCCUCUGGUGGGAGUGUGUCACGAACGUUUUUGAUGGGAUUCGCACCUGUGACGAGUAUGAUUCUAUCCUUGCCGAACACCCCUUGAAGCUGGUGGUAACUCGAGCGUUGAUGAUUACUGCAGAUAUUUUAGCUGGAUUUGGAUUUAUCACCCUGCUUCUUGGUCUCCACUGUGUGAAAUUCCUCCCUGAUGAGCCAUACAUCAAAGUCCGCAUCUGCUUUGUUGCUGGAACCAUAUUACUAAUAGCAGGUGCCCCAGGAAUCAUUGGUUCAGUGUGGUAUGCUGUUGAUGUUUAUGUAGAACGUUCUUCUCUGGUUUUGCACAAUAUAUUUCUUGGCAUCCAAUACAAAUUUGGUUGGUCUUGCUGGCUUGGAAUGGCUGGGUCUCUGGGUUGCUUUUUGGCUGGUGCUGUCCUGACAUGCUGCUUAUACCUCUUCAAAGAUGUUGGACCUGAAAGGAACUAUCCGUAUUCCAUGAGGAAAGCCUACUCAAAUGCAGCUAUUUCCAUGGCCAAGUCAUACGUAGCCCCUCGGACAGAGACCGCCAAAAUGUAUGCCGUGGACACGAGAGUGUAAAGUGCCACACAUCAGUCUGUGUAUAUAUGUUCCUGAAAUGAUCAAUCAAUAUGUUUAGGUUAAUACAAUAGCAGGUUGAUCUAGGAGCACUUACUUAGUCCUCAUGUUCAACUAAGUUAAUUGCUCAGCUUAAUCAGGAAGUUUGAUUCUGCUAUCACUGCUCCUUUUCUGUUAUUCCCAUAUUCUCCCUCCUUUCUACCCUCCUCUUGCACAUGCUCACAUACACUUGCCCUGUAUUUGCAGAUAAGGUUGCUAGGAUAUACAAAUGUUUGUUUGUGAUUUCAUAUUGCUAUUAGAGAUUGUGACAUGGUGAUAUUCAAGUAAAAUGAUACUUUAAGACUAGAAAGCAACCUUUAAAAGAGGCCAGAGAUUCUAAUCUUUGAAGGUAUUGACAGCCUCUUAGCUCCUUCUCUGGCUUUUGGUUCAUUCUUUGUGUUCUCAACUGAGUGAGUUAUUUGAUAACUUUGAAGAUGAUUUUCCACAUUUAAACUAGUAUAUCAAACCCUACUGUUACUCUGACUCUGUUAAAAUAGAAAAAAGAAAUUAACAGCUUCAUCUACCAGCUGCUGGUGGAACCGAAAGAUAAGAAGUGUCCCCUCCAUACUUGGAAUGUCAAAAGCAAAUGUCAGAUUAAUAGCACAGCAGUGGUCACUGUCUUCCUCGUAAACAACAUAAGAGAUCUGUGUAUUAUUUUAUUGCGACUGUAAGUUUGCCUAUAUAUUGCCGAAUUAUUAGACCACAGCUGCAACAGCUAAACCGGAGAGUUCAGUCAUUUAUAUAUUGGAUAUCCAAAAAUGUUUCAGAAAUGCACCAUAUUAAAAUUCACUGAUUCAGGUGUUCUCCCACCAACUGGAUCCUUAGCACCCAGGAAAAUAUCUGACAAAUGAUAAAAUUUAACAAAUAUUUGUUGAUUGGAAGAAAUAAAUCCUCACAACUCUCCACUGAAAUAAAGAUCAGUUUUUCUCACAAAAUGUCUAUUUGUCAAGAAAAAAAAAUGGAAUUAUAUAUUUAAUAAUACACGUAAAGAAAUCAGUGAAUGAUUGCUAAUAGCAUCUUGUUCAUAUUCACACUGUGGUCAUACAUUUUUUUUAAAUGGUAGGGUUUGUUUUUAAAGUUAUAUAAUUUAAUCUCAGGUUUUCUGAUUUCUUGUAAAUCACAUGAAUUGCUUAAUGCUUUUGCAGUACCUUAACAGGCUACCCACUGAACUAGAUAGUAGUUCUCUGGAAAAUGGAAAUUUAGCUGCGAAUUUCUGAAGACCCCCAAAAGAAGUAUUUUAAGUUAAUAAAAGCUAAAAACAAUGUGAAAAUAAGAUGAUGAAAGCCUAGAACAUAUAUUUACAUUGAGAGUGGUGUUCAUGACUUCACAUGGUAUCUCUUUACUAGUAUUCUCAGGAGAAAUUCUAAUCUAACUUUAAGGUUAAGAAUAACUGAUUCACUUUUAUUUCAUGGAUAUUAUUAACCAUGUAAUUGACACUUAAAAAAUUAUUUGUAGAUCACGUUUACCUGUUAUACUGGUGUCAUUCUAUGCAGUUUAAAAUUAAUUUCGUGUUGUUCUUUCUCAGCCUUGGUUUUUAAAAUUUUUAUUCCCAUCCUUAUUUUAUGAUACAUUGUCAUGUUUUACAUAUUCUAACAAGUCUCUUGAAAUUCUUCUUGGGAAAGGCGGGGUAAAAUUAAUUAAAUAACUCAUUAGAUUUUAGAGAGAUAAAUUUUUCCUUCCUCAAAGACUUCAUUUGUAUAAGAAAAUAUUUCAGAGGAUUCAGAAUAUUGACAUUCAUGAAUGUUUUAAAAUUUUUCUCAAUAAAAAUGUUUCGUAUAUCCUCGGAGAAAUAUUCAUUUUUUUUAUUCCUUUGGGAAUGUUUAUUACUAAUUCACUAUAAUUUAAUGAAUCUUCCCAAAAUAAAGCAUAACAAAGAAUACAGUGACAACAAAACAAAUAUUAAAUAGUGAGGAAGUAAUAAUUGACAUGGUAGCAACUCAACAUGCCCAGAAAGAAAAAUUAAGAUAAGCCCAAAAUAUACAAACAGUAUCUGAUACUAAAAUUCAGUCGUAUCUUGUUACUUGGAACAAGAAAAAAUAAAAUUUAUAAAAUUGGACAAUUUUAUUUACCUAUCUCUCCAUUAAAUCCUAUUUUCUAAUAUCACACUUUUAAUGGAAAUUAGCCUUUUGUUAUUAUACACGUUGUAUGUGUGCAUUACAGAAAGUUGGAGAACAGGGGCACCUGGGUGACUCAGUCAGUUAAGUGUCCAACUUCAGCUUAGGUCAUGAUGUCACGGUUCGUGGGUUCAAGCCUUGUGUCCAGCUCUGUGCUGACAGCUUGGAGCCUGGAGCCUGCUUCAGAUUCUGUGUCUCCCUCUCUCCCUGCCCCUCCCCUGCUCAUGCUCUGUCUUUGUCUCUCUCUCUCUCUCUCAAAAAUAAACAUUCAACUUUUUAAAAUAAAUAAAACAGAGGAAUUAACUGAGAAUUAGGUAGUAAAAGAAUUAUUGGAGCAGGCUCUGCAGCUUUUGAGCUCAGAAAUAAUUAUUCCCAAGUAAAUAAUGUUGGCCCCUGAUGUGCAGUAAUUAAUUGAAAACAGCAUAAUGCACAAUGCGAUAUUGGUUACCCUAUGUUUCCAUUCAAAAACGCUGGUGAUUUGUCACUUAAAAUUUUUAUUGAGAUAAUCUUAUUAUCUCAAUAAAAGAUAAGGAAGAAAACAAACAAACAAACACACAAACAAAAACACUAAUUAUUCCAGCACUUAGAGAAUCUAUUGAAACAGAGAAAAUUAUAUAUGCUUAAGAUUUUUCAAAAAUUAACAAUACAGAACUGUGAAUAUUAACAUCUCUCUUACCAGCAUCCAUGGACUUCCCUUACAGUCUCUCUCCCAAGAGUUGUACCUCUUACAUAUUUCUUGUAUCCUUUCAAACAAAAAAAAAAUAAAAUUUAUGGCAUAUAUAGAUCCUUGGAAAAUGUAUUCACCAUGCUGCUACUCAGUAGUUUCAUUUUUAAAAUAAAAUCAAUAAUUAAAUAUAUUUAUUGGCAUUUUUCCAUAACACCUCAUUCUUUUUAAUGGCUGCAUAGUUCAUUGUUUAUAUAAACUGUUAUUUAUCUCAUCUGUCCCUUUAAAUACCUUCAUUUUUGCAAUUAUAGGCUAUGUGGCAAUGGAUAUUUUUUUAAAAACACCUUUGUCUUCAUGCAGGAUUAUAACUAUAGCGUUACUCUCCCUGUCUAAGAGUGGAAAUGCUGAGUCUAUGUGAAUAUAUUAACACUUUUGAUAUCUAUAGUCAAAUUGCACCCCCCAAAAAACGUACUGAUUUACACUUUCACCGGUAACAUAUAAAAGGGCUUAUUUCCCUACAGUGCCAUCAACACAAGAUGUUAACAAUCUUUAAUAUUGCUAUCAGUAUCAUGGGUAAAAAAGAAUAUUAUAUUGUUGCUUUGAUCUGCAUUU